UAUGAAACAACUUUGAAAGAAAGUUUAAAAUAUUUAAACAUAGAAAACAAUUUUGACGAUGUCUGUAUCGUGUGGAAUGCGAGUGCUUGGCCGUGCCAUGGUCAGGACACCCGUGAGAUCACAUCCAGGUACAUAUUUGUUACGUAACAGGUUGCCGUUGAAUGGCGGCCUUGAAUCUUUCUGGAAACGUCAGUUCAACACUACCAGAGUUUUAUUGAAUGAUAAGGGUACUCCUGGGAAAAAGGAUGAAGGAGAAAAGGAAGACUUAAAUAAGAACAAAACCCCUGAAGAAGGGAAACCUCUUGGUAGGGUUACUCGUGAAGAUUUAGAAGGAUCUCCAAAGGAACCAGUAGAAGAGGAACAAACACAAGAAAAGGAGGAUGCAGAAAAAUCUAAGCAGACAGAAGAAGAAGAAGUUCUUCGUAGACUUCGUGAAAAGAUGAAGAAGAGAAAUCCAAAUGUUAAGGAUGAAAAUAUUAAAUUUGUCAAGAUUGAAGGUCCGCAAAUGAAGGCCCUUCUUUGGUCUUUGGGGAUCUCAUGUGCUCUUACUGUGUUUGUUUUAAGUUCCGGAUUAGGUGCUGGUAAUAGUUCUGACCAACUUACAUUCCAAGAUUUCCGUACAAAGUAUUUGGAAAGAGGGCUUGUGACCAAACUUACUGUUGUUAAUAAAUUUGCAGUUGAAGCAGAAUUGAUUCCUGGUGCCCUGCUGGACCAAACUUUCCAAACAUCACAUGGAACCCCAGCUGUUAUUUUCACCAUUGGUAGUGUUGAAUUCUUUGAAGAAGAGAUGAGUGCUGCCCAAGAUAAGUUAGGUAUCCCAAUCGGUGAACGUUUACCAAUUCAAUAUGAAGAAAGAGGUAGUUGGCUCAACUACAUUUUACCAAUUCUUCCUACUGUCUUAUUGAUCGGUGGUCUUUGGUACAUGACUAUGAAGAGAGUUGGUGGUGCUGGAGGCUCAGGAGGCGCUGGCGGGGGAGGUGCUGGUGGUAUGUUCUCCAUUGGAAAGAGUAAAGCUAAACUUUUCAACCAAGAAACUGACGUAAAGAUCAAGUUCAAAGAUGUUGCUGGUUGUAAUGAAUCUAAGGAAGAAAUUAUGGAAUUUGUAAAGUUUUUACAAGACCCUGCUAAAUAUGAAAGAUUGGGAGCUAAAAUCCCUCGUGGUGCCAUUUUAUCUGGUCCUCCGGGAACUGGUAAGACUUUAUUAGCCAAGGCAACUGCUGGAGAAGCUGGUGUCCCAUUUUUGCUGGUUUCUGGUUCAGAGUUCGUUGAAAUGUUCGUUGGUGUUGGUGCAUCAAGAGUUAGAGAUUUAUUCAAAACCGCAAGAGAAAUGGCACCUGCUAUUAUCUUUGUCGAUGAAAUUGAUGCCAUUGGUAAGGAAAGAGGUAAUGGGAAAAUGGGAGGUAAUGAUGAAAGAGAAAACACUUUGAAUCAAUUACUUGUUGAAAUGGAUGGGUUUGAAUCUCAAGAUCAUGUUGUUGUCCUUGCAGGUACUAACCGUCCAGAUAUUCUCGAUAAAGCUUUACUUCGUCCAGGAAGAUUUGAUAGACACAUUUCUAUCGAUGUCCCAGAUGUUGAAGGACGUAAAGAAAUCUUCAAGGUUCAUCUUUCAAAACUUACUUUGAAAUGCGCUGAAGACAUCGAGGCUACCCAAAAGGAUAUUACCUUCAAUAAAUACCAAGAAUUAAGAUCGCAAGCAAUUGAACAAUUGGCAGGCAGAUUAAGUGCCUUAACUCCGGGAUUUGCCGGGGCUGACAUUGCUAAUUGCUGUAAUGAAGGUGCUUUAAUUGCCGCCAGAGAAGAUGCUCAAUCGGUGGAUGUUUUCCACUUUGAACAAGCCAUUGAAAGAGUUGUUGCUGGUUUGGAACGUAAAGAAAGAGUUAUGAACUUGGAAGAAAAGAAGACAGUUGCAUACCACGAAGCAGGUCAUGCUAUUUGUGGUUGGUUCUUGGAAUAUGCUGACCCUCUUGUCAAGGUUUCGAUCAUUCCUCGUGGUCAAGGUGCCUUGGGUUAUGCUCAAUACCUUCCAAAGGACCAAUACUUGGUAUCCGAAGAACAAUUCAAACAUAGAAUGACUAUGGCUCUUGGUGGAAGAGUUUCGGAAGAAUUACAUUUUGAAACUGUCACAAGUGGAGCUUCCGAUGAUUUCAAGAAGGUGACUCAAAUGGCGCAGCAAAUGGUAACUACACUCGGAAUGUCUAAACAACUUGGAAGUGUUGAUUACUCUGGAGGAGACAAUGGUGGUGGAUUCAGAGUCCAUCAUCAUUAUUCCGAAAGCACUGCAAGAUUGAUUGAUAUUGAAGUGAAGCGCUUCAUCGAUGAAGCUUAUGUCGCUUGUAAAGAAUUGUUGACCGAAAAAUUGGAAUUUGUCGAUAAGGUUGCAGAAGAGUUGUUUGAAAAGGAAGUCUUGACCAGAGAAGAUAUGAUCCGUAUUGUUGGACCAAGACCAUUUCCAGAAAGAAACGAUGCAUUCGAUAAGUACAUCAAGGGUGAUGCAUUUAAGAAGAGAAGUUAGAGACUAAAGAGGGUGACCGAGGGGGUGUCCCACAUGUACAUAGAUAGAAUUGUCAAUACAAAGUAGUACUGAAUAUAUUUAC